CGCUGCAGCGCCUGCGCACUGCAGCCCCGAGACCAUGGCAAUACUCCUGUAGCUGACAGAAAGCAGAAGCCGCCCGUUGUCUGCUUACCGUUCGUGUACCCUUCAGUUCAGUCACGCACUUCCUCAACUUUGCUCGCUGCCCUCUCUGGACAGAGACCUCGGAUGGUCAAGCUCUGCUGCUCUUUGUUUCCUUCUCUCUCGCUUCCCGCACCGCUCCUGAUGUCGAGGCCUGGCGGCGGCGGCUCUCCCCUUACUUCGGGCUCCAGUACUCAGCUCUGAAGAAGAGUGGCCGGCAGCAGCUGAAAGUGGAUCCUUUACGUCUUGUUGCAGCAGCGUCGAGUCAGGUUUGAUAGAUGGGGAGGCUUUCACAAAAUCAUCUAUGUUGUUCCAGCAAUACUUGAGUAGGCCUAGAAAAGAAGGCAACAAGCUUACGUCUUUGUUUACAAUGCACUUAUGACAGCAACCAUGGAGCUUCAGAAAGGAAAAAAAAUUGGUAUUUGGCAUGAUGCAGCGGAAAAUGUAUAAACUAAGGUAAUGAUGGUAGCGACCUAAAAGUUUUGCACCUUUCUAAAGUAAAAAGAUGACCGAGGUACAAGCAACAGUGGAAUUUUCAGUGGAGUUACACAAAUUUUACAAUGUGGACCUAUUCCAGAGGGGAUUUUACCAGAUUCGUGCAACGAUGAAGCUGCCUCCCAGAAUUCCGCACAAGAUGGAGGCCAGUUUGCUGAAUCCAACAGGUUCUGAACUUGCCUUUCCUCCUGCUGCCUAUGAUUGUUCAGUCUGCAGUAAAACCUUUCAAAUUCUUUACAAAAAUGAAGAGAUCAUGGUGAAUGAUGUGCUACUCCUCAAAGUUAAAAUGUUACUUGAUGAAAAAAAGAUUGAAGAAUCCCUGAAUGAGAUGGAUUUCCAGUUGUCUUUAGAUCUCAACUUCACUGACAAAGACUUUGCAUCUGAUGACCCAAAUUCUCUACAACUGAUUAGUAGUCGGACAUUGAAGCUGCACUUCAGUUUACAUCAAGGACUUCAUCAUCAUGUCAAUGUUAUGUUUGAUUACUUCCACCUCUCUGUUGUAUCAAUCACUAUUCAUGCUUCCUUGGUUGCUCUUCACCAGCCUCUGAUAAGCUUUCCUCGUCCUGUGAAGAACACUUGGUUAAACAGGAAUUCCCCAGUCCAAAGCAAGGAUUAUAGCAUUCCUUCCCUCGAGAGUGUGGUUUUUGGCAGUAACUAUACAAAACAGCUGUCGCCUGAUGGCAGCAAUUUUGUGGUGCCAGAAAGCUGCAUGCAACAUGCAUACAAUUUCCAUUAUAAUAUCUGUUCAAGCUUGCUUAGGGCUUACAAGGGCCUUUUCAACUACUUUACCAUGGUUACAAAAGAACUACCGACAUCUCGCAGGAUGGAGUUGGCCGUGACCAACAUGCAGGUCCUUUAUGAGCGUCUUCUCAGAAGAAAAUAUCCAAGAACGCAGAGGGACACUUUAAUAGAGGAGAUUGAUGUUGAUGCCAGACUUGAAGAACUUUGUGAACAGAUAAAGCUGAAAGUGGAAAAUCCUGAUGAUCUUCCAGAAUUGGUGAACAUGGACCUUGCGCAGCUUUGUUCAUUGCUAAUGGCUCUAUGGGCACAGUUUAUAGAGAUUGUGUCACUACAGGGAGAAGUCUCAGCUUUAUUAGCAAAGGAACAUCAUGUACUUCGUGUAAGAAGAUUUUCAGAAGCUUUUUUCUGCAUUGAACAUCCUAGACAAGCAGCGCUGGCAUAUCAGGAGUUGCAUGCACAAAGUCACGCACAGAUGGCUGCAGCUGUAAAGAAUUCUACCUAUUUCAGUUCUCUUCCUUCUCUUCCUGUGGAAUGUGUGGAAUUAGAUGGAGACUUCAGCUCACUGCCCAUUAUCUUUGAGGAUCGAUAUCUGGAUUCUGUUCCAGAAGACUUGGAUGUUCCCUGGAGUGGGGUUCAGAAUGUAAGAAGAUCAUCCUUUUCUGCCAAAUUUGAAAAAUCUGACUCAAAAGAAUCUAACACUUCAAACUUCUCUAGUCCUGAUUUUAAAGCAAAGCCAGCAAGCAUCCACAGUGUGAAACAUAAUGAAAAUGAAAAGCCACAGAUGAAGCAGCACAAGGUGAAAGCUGAAGAGCACAGCAAACCAAAAGUAAAAGCAACAAAACUUAAGAAGACAAUUAAGUCUGAAAGUAACAAAAAAUUGAUGAAGCAAAACUCUAAGGACUCUGUCAUACUGGUUGGUUACAAAUGCUUGAAGAAUUCAAACUUGGGAGAGAUCAGUAAAUCUGAGGGUGGGCUUCCAAUCUGUCCAAAAGGUGGGCAGGUUCCCACAACCACAAGAGAUGGUAAUGAGGCAAUGGCUGAUUCUAAGCUACUGUGUCAACAUAAAGAGCUAAUACCUCUUCUGUCAAGUAUGGAAGAAAAUGUAGAGACUCCAAAAGCUAAAAGUCUCAAUAAAUAUGGUGAUAGCAUUAAUUGUCAUAAAAUGGAACCUGGCACAUUUGCAUCAUCAAGCUUGUUCCAGGCAGGUCCUGGGAAUCCAACUGAGUGUUCAGACUCUACUAAAUUUGAUAGAUUGAGUAGUCGACAAAUGACAUCAAACUCAGGUAUAUCAAAUAUCAAACAUAUUGAAGUCAAACCAAGAAGUAAAUGUACUUAUGAAGGGGAGAAAGUAACAGUCAUUAUGGCAUCCAAAUUUCCUGUUAAAGAUGACCAAGGGCCUUAUCAAUCUGCUGAGCCACAACAUCUGGAUUCUAAAAACAAUUAUUUGCAAUUGGAAGAAAAUGUACUACACUCUCCUGCGUCCGAUAGUACACAGUCGAAUGUAUGUACAAAGGGGUUUAAUUUGGUUACAAGUGGAGAUGCUGUUAAAUUGCCGGACGUUUAUGUCACCUGCUCAUCGUCCAGAGUUUCAGAUUCUGGUAUCGAAAGUGAGCCCAGUUCUUUUGCUGUCCACUUGGAUCCAGACUUAGCUACUGAGCCAGUAUUGGAGAAGACUUCUGUUCUCAGUGAAAAGCCUUUCAUGCAGCUACUACUAAAACCAGAAUUAAGUUCAAAGAAUAUGGUGGAAGGCAGAUGUACAGAGAGUACAAGUGCUGUAAGUGAAAUACAGUCAUCUUUAACUUCUAUAAACUCUCUGCCUUCAGAUGAUGAUCAUGAACAGCAAGUUGAUGAAAGCUUAAAAGUUGCAACCAAUCUUGUGCAACAAAUUAGCGAUGAACAGCCCAAGAUAGAAUCAACUGCCGUACCAGAUGAGCUAAAAUUUGAAAAUAAAACAUCCAGUAUUGUAGUGCAAGAAGAAAGUGUUGUGUUCGUUGAUGGUUCAGGGACUCUAUAUCAAACUCAUCAUUCUUCUAAAUUUCCUGAGCAAAUGUUUGAUAACUGCAUUGUCAGUCAAGAAGGUAGCAGCAAUCCACAGCAAAAUAUUGCUUGCUUUAAUGAUUUUAGAGAACUUCAAGAUUCUUAUGAGGAUUUCAGUUUAGAAAAAGCAUCCACCGAACAUAUAAUUAAACUGAAUUCUGAAGUGAUUUACCUUGAUGAGCCAAGAUGUGGAACAUCGGAUGAGGCACAGAUUAGCCAAAGUGUAGUUGCAGAAUUGCAUCCAGAACAACAUUUAAAUAUAAUUCACAUGUUUGAAAUUCCAGCAUUGGAGGAAACAGAUGAUAGAAUGCACCCAAAUCUUUCAGCUACCAGCAGCACUGACAUUGUGAAACAAGGAUUAGUGGAGAAUUAUUUUGGAUCUAGAAGCAGCACAGACCUUUCUGAUACUAGUCCUGUUGGUGGUGGCAGCUGUCCCUCAAGCCCUCAAAAGGCAACUAUUGGCCUUGUCACUCUUAUACAAGCAGAGGAGGAUGAAGAACAAGAAAUGAUAGAAAAUGGUUAUUAUGAAGCUGAUGAUGAUGCUGUGUCUGAUAGAAAUGAUGCAGUCAAACCUGAACUAAUUAAUGCCCAUCACACUACAGAACGUGCAGGUGUGCAAGGUGCAUGUACUCCUACCUGUUUAUCCUUUUCAUCAGUUGUCAAAGAUUCCCCAUCUAUUAGUGGACUGUCUUCACAAACCAAACGUGAUGCAAUUACAAAGCAACCUAGCAGUGCAUUCUUCAGCUCUAACCUGUCAGGUUUCUGGUAUAAUGAUGCUGGGAUAAAAGGACAGAUGAAGACUUUUCUCCAGGCAAAAGAAGAUCUGAAGUUACUAAAGUUUCCUGGCUUUAUGUACAGUGAUCUUCCUGAUUUGGCUUCCAAAAAUCCAUACUUCAGCUUGGAGGAGGAUGUGAAUGUAGAUGAUGGUGUUCAUCUCAUAGUAUGCGUACAUGGAUUAGAUGGAAACAGUGCAGAUCUCCGUUUGGUAAAAACCUACAUUGAACUUGGUUUACCAGGAACCCAAAUAGAGUUCCUUAUGUCAGAGAGGAAUCAGAAUGACACAUUUGCAGACUUUGAAUCCAUGACAGAUCGACUUUUGGAUGAGAUAAUACAGUACAUUCAAAUUUACAACCUUACAGUUUCCAAAAUCAGUUUCAUAGGGCACUCUUUAGGUAACUUGAUUAUUCGAUCUGUUCUCACAAGACAAAGAUUUAAAUUUUACUUGAACAAGCUGCACACUUUCCUUUCAUUGUCUGGGCCUCACCUGGGGACAUUAUACAACAGUAGUACACUCGUUAAUACAGGGCUCUGGUUUAUGCAGAAGUGGAAGAAGUCUGGAUCCCUGCUUCAAUUAACGUGUCGAGAUCAUUCUGAUCCUCGCCAAACGUUUCUGUACAAACUUAGCAAAAAAGCAGGUCUCCAUUACUUCAAAAAUGUGGUAUUAAUUGGUUCACUACAAGAUCGUUAUGUUCCCUACCAUUCUGCUCGAGUUGAAAUAUGUAAAACCGCUUUAAAAGAUAAACAAUCAGGACCAGUAUAUGCUGAGAUGGUCCAAAAUCUUCUAACACCGGUGCUUGAAAAUAAGGAAUGUAAUUUGGUUCGAUAUGACAUUAUCCAUGCAUUGCCCAACACUGCUAAUUCGUUAAUAGGACGAGCAGCUCAUAUUGCAGUUCUCGAUUCUGAAAUAUUUUUGGAGAAGUUUUUUCUGGUUGCGGGCCUUAAAUAUUUUCAGUGAGAAUGGGUGCCAUUGACUCUUACCUCUUUAUUCAAGGAAAUACAUUUGAUCACAGAACACUGUCUGCUGAAAGAAA